AUGUUAAAAACAGCACUGCUUCUGCUGCUUUUUCAACACACCUUCGCGGUUCAUAAUACAGUGAACACAUGGGAUGGACUGUUACAAUAUGAUGAAGACUGGGGUUACGUCGAUAUACGAACUGGAGCUCAUACAUUCUGGUGGCUCUACGCCGUGAAACCAGCAAACGGUCGACCAUUGAUCCUAUGGCUACAGGGUGGACCAGGAGCAUCCAGCACGGGCUUCGGCAAUUUCGAAGAGACUGGACCGAAAAGGAUGAACUCAUCGGAUAAUAUAGCCACAUGGCUUCAAGUAGCCGAUAUGGUCUAUGUGGAUAACCCUGUUGGAGCGGGUUUUUCCUAUGUCGAUGACGAUUCAGCCUUUACAACAGAUGUUGCCCAAAUCGGCCAGGAUUUGCUAGCAUGGCUUCGUCAAUUUCUAAUUUUGCACUCGGAAUAUCGUACAAGGCCGUUUUUCAUAUUUUGUGAGAGCUACGGAGGAAAGAUGAGUGCUGAAUUUGCCCGAGUUAUUACCCAGGAAAUUGCCGCUGGCACUAUUCGUCUGGAUUUUCGUGGAGUAGCUCUGGGUGAUUCGUGGAUUUCUGCUAUGGACUACUCCUAUCUGGACAGUAAUCAACUGGCUCGUGUGAAUGCUCAGGCGAAAAGUUGUCAAAAGAAGGUAGACCAGGAGCAAUGGGCUCAAGCGACUACAUGUUGGGGAAACAUGGAAGAUCUCAUUGAACUGGAGACAGGUGGCGUGUCAUGGUAUAACAUACUGAAGUACGGUGGACAGGACGAUUGGUCGAAAAAACGGCGAAAGAGGGCAGCGUACCGCUCAAGAGAUCGACAGUUUAACCGCCACGUCGCAGCUCUACAAACAGAUGCCCUUUCUAACUACAUGGAUACAACUGUCCGUAACAAACUUGGAGUUAUUCCAGACAAUGUGAAAUUCGGAGCACAGUCGAAUGCUGUAUUUAACAAGCAACAAGGGGAUUUCAUGAAACCAAAUUGGGAUACGGUCGAUGAACUUCUGAUGAAUGGCACCAAUGUGAUCGUUUAUAAUGGAAAUCAGGAUUUAAUAUGUGACAGUAUCGGUACUGAAAUGUGGAUGAACCGAUUGACGUGGCCAGGAAUGGCAUCCUAUAAAACGGCUAGGAAAGUGAAGUUUUCGACUCAAUCGUAUCCAUUGGCUGGAUUCAAGAAACGGCAUGAAAAUCUUUCAUUUUAUCUGCUACUCAGAGCAGGGCACAUGGUGGCGUACGACACUCCGGAAGCAGCUAUCACGAUUGUCAAGCAAAUACUAGCUGACUAUGGGUCAUAG